AUGGCGAGAGUAAUAGACUCGAGGGAAACUCGAUCUCAUCGAAUCGUUCAAGAUUUUCUUCUCAUUUGGCUUGAUAAUCACAUGAAUGAAUUCGAGAGUGACGUUCAAAACUCACUCGGCCAAUUACGAUCGAUCGUCAACAGUGUUUUCACUUUUACCGAUUUGAAUCAAUGCAUCCAAUUUCUCGAAACUAUCAAAGAUGAAAAGAUUUUUCUGAUCAUUUCCGGCGAUAUCGACGAUGAGAUUUUGUCUCUUGUUCAUAAUAUUAACCAACUUGACUCCAUUUAUAUUUUCCAGUCAAAUCAACAACGAAUUGCGGAUUGGCUGAAAAUCAAGGGUAUAUUUACGGAAAUAACAUCGUUGUGUGACGCAUUGAAACAGGCUGUACAUCAGUGCGAUAAAGAUGUGAUCGCGAUGAGUUUCGUCCCAACAAGUCACUCGUCAAAUUCGAUCAGCCAAGAUCGAGUUCUUGAUCCAAUGUUCAUGUACAGUCAAUUAUUGAAAGAAGCUCUUCUCGAAAUCGAUUUCGAUCAACAAUCAACUCGAGACUUAGCCGAAUUUUGUCGUGAACUGUUUCGUGAAAAUCCAAAAGAAUUGAAGAGAAUCAAUGAAUUUGAACGAGAUUAUCACUUACACACAUCCAUCUGGUGGUACACGUAUGACUUCUGUCUUCAUCGUAUGCUAAAUCAUGCGUUACGUGUGUUUGACAUGGAUAUUAUUCUGAAGAUGGGCUUCUUUCUUGCUGAUCUUCAUCGGCAAAUUCUUCAAUUGCAUCGGAAACAAUCGUCAAGAUAUUCGUCGGUAUUUACUGUUUAUCGUGGUCAAGGUUUGUCACAAGAUGAAUUCAACAAACUCAAUCAAGUCAAAGGCGGAUUUCUUUCUUUCAAUAAUUUCUUAUCAACAAGUAAAGAUCGUUCGGUGUCAUUGAAAUUUGCUCGUCAAGCUUUACAAAAAGUGAAUUCUGUCGGUCUUCUCUUUCACAUGACUAUUGAUCCAACGAAUUCUUCAACACCAUUCGCACUUUUGGAUAACGUUAGUUAUUACAAAGACGUCGAACAAGAAAUACUCUUUUCAAUGCACACUGUCUUUCGUAUUGGUGAUGUUCAACCAAUUGAAAAUGGUAAUCAACGUCUUUGGCAAGUUAAUCUUGCGUUGACGAAUGAUCAGGAUCCGAAACUGCUUGCACUAACAAAAAGUAUGCGCGAUGCAACGAGUGGCGCGGUUGGAUGGUAUCGAUUAGGUCAGCUGUUGUUCGCAGUCAAUGCUCUUGACAAAGCAGAAAAUCUGUAUCAGACAUUAAUCGAACAAACUGGAAUUGAUAAUCAUCAACGCGGACAUAUUUAUCACAUGAUUGGAAUGAUUAGAAAUAAUCAAGCGUCGACAUAUAACAAUAUCGGUUCUGUUUAUGAUCAGUUACAUGAAUAUCCCAAAGCACUCGCAUUUCAAGAAAAAGCAUUAGCUAUCCGAGAACGACUCUUACCUGCAAAUCAUCCGGAUUUAGCCACUUCCUUCGAUAAUAUCGGUCGAGUUUAUUCGAAAAUGGGUGAGUAUGCUAAAGCACUGACGUUCUAUGAAAAAGAUUUAGAUAUCAGUCAACAAUCACUUCCUUCCAAUCAUCCGGAUUUAGCCACUUCCUACAAUAAUGUUGCUCUAGUGCACAACAGAAUGGGUGACCACACAAAAGCGCUUUCUUUCUAUGAAAAAGCGCUAGAAAUUAGUCAACAAUCACUUCCUCCCAAUCAUCCGGAUUUAGCUUCGACGUAUAAUAACAUCGCCGCAGUAUAUUACCAAAUCGAAGAAUAUGCCAAAGCACGAGCAUUCUACGAACGUGCAUUGGAUAUCAGCAGACGGUCACUUUCGUCAAAUCAUCCUAAUUUAGCUAUCUCAUACGACAAUAUUGGUCUUGUAUAUUUUCAAUUAGGUGACUGUUUGAAAAGUCUUUCAUCUUAUGAAAAAGCGUUGGAAAUCAAACAAAAAGCACGUCCCACCCAUCAGCCUGGUGUAGCUACAUCCAAUUAUCUAAUUGGUAAUGUUUACGAUAAAAUGGGUAAUUAUACCAAAGCUGUUGUAUUCUAUGAACGAGCUCUAUCGAUCGUUCAAUCUUCUUCACUGUCGAACGAAAUGACUAUUCAAUUAUAUAGAUACAAUCUAGAACGUGUGAAAAACAAACUAUAA